UUUUUGGUUCCAUACUAGAGGGCUCGUUGGCAUUAGAACGGGCGAAAUGCGCAUGCACCGGAUUUUGCCCCACUGUGUCCGAACUGUCGACGAAUGACGGCAGCCCUUGAACAAGCGUCAGGACUUUGGUGAGCUGUUGUUUUUGUAAAAUUGUCCAGGAAGGAUGGUCGUCCACUCGUCUGUGGUCUGUUGAGUUUGUUUAAUGGAUUUGAGGAGAUAUUUUAUCCGUCGACGAUUGUUUUUCUUUAUCUGCAUGCAAAAGUGUAGAAACGCAUUCGGACGAAAGCGACAUUCAAGCGUGUAAGUGGGUGGUGUAAUUGGUGAUUUCUGAAGUGAUAACAGCAAAACGAAAUCGUUCGACAGUUGCUCGCAUAUCUGGUAGCCUUAUUGAUUUGGUUCGAAUCUCGUAAGUGAUUGCUACAGUGUAUCUUAAUUUGUGCCGAGCAUACAUUUGGUAACACCAUUUUUUGGAAUUUAGAAGUGUUUCAGAAAAUAAGUGACGCGGAAUAGUACCGUUUAUUGGUUUUGAAAUAGUGUGUAGCCAUUUUUAAUUAUUGUAAAAUUGUGACAUAGUAUGGACCGCAACCAAACAAACCACCAAUAUCCCACCAAAAAUCAAUCAAAACAAUUUGUUGUGAAAGUGAUCUAACGGAAUUGUGAUCCAUUUAUUAUUUAUUGUGUUUAGCAGUUACAAAUUUUAACCUAAAAAAAAACACGUUCAAAUGCUUAUGCAACAAUAAAACACACAGAAAUCGCUCAAAAUCAUUAAUCGUGCAAGAGUGUAAAGAAACAAUUAAGACACAAAACAGUCUGCAGAUUUUGAAAUGCUACUUAAACGUGCAAGGAACGAGUACAGCUUUUGUAAUAGAGAAACUAUGAGAGGAUUGUAUUGAAUCUUCUUUAAGAGAUGCAUCCUAAAUCAUUACUAGCAUUCAACUUCUGACAAAAUCCUGAUAGAUGGUAAGACGCGGCUCGUUAGUAGUUGAAUGUUGUCAGGUGAUAUUUUGAUCCGUCAACCUUUGAGUGUGGCCUUGCUGCCGCCACCCUCAUUAAUAGAGUUUUGUAAAAUUAUGGCGGCAAUUGCAACGCUUGCCAAUCAGCAAAAUAUCGACGAUGAUGACAUUUUCCUAGAAAAUGGUCUUUUGAGUUACGAAAACCCCAACUAUCAUAUGGAUCCUCAGCGAAUGGAACGCAAUUCUCAUCUGUACGAGGAAAUCAUUUCUGAAUUGCAGCAGCAGGGUACACUACGACCGAUUGCGGGCGUACAGAAUGGUUCGCAAAUGAUCGGCAACAAUCGCAAGGGUUACGGAAUGCUUGACCUUGGCACAAUGGGCGUAGAGCUGAAGGGCGGUGCAGACGAAAGUUCCCCGAAGGAAAAGAAAACGUUGCUUAGCGACACGUCUCCGAACGAGUCGAAAACGCAGAAAGAUCAGGAACCGGAGCAUGGCGAAAAAACGCAAGAGAUUCAACACAUUCCCGGCACGCUCAAUUCGGACGACCUGUACGCGUUGCCGAACAAGCGGAAACAGACCGAGGUAGGGGAAGUGCCACCGGAAGAGGACGACGCUGACGACGACGAGCCGGACGGAGACGGUGCGAGGGAUGGCGAGGAGAAAGGAAAGCGGGAAGAUAUCGACGCAAUCGAAGACAAGGACAAAACAAACGAUCUACCACCGGGCUGGGAGAAACACGAGGACAAUGGAGGUGCUUACUACUGGCAUAUCAAAUCGGGCACCAUCCAGCGCGAACCGCCUGUGUGGCCAAAGGACGCUAGCAGUCGUGAAUUGAAGACACCCAGCAUUCCCAUACCGCGAAGUAUACAGAAUUCCUCCUUCACCCAGGCCUUGAACAAUCUGUACGGCAAUCCGAAGGAAGGCAAUGGCGCUAGUGGCAACAGCAAAUCCGCCCUCUACGACAGUAUGACGUCCUCCGUCACCAGAAGUAGCACCAGCUCGGCAUUGGAUCAGGAAGACGAGCGACGCCGCCGGGAGGAUGUGGCGUUGAAGCGACGAAGCUUCCCUCUCAAAUCUGAUACAGAUCGACCAAUUCGGUUUGCGGUGCGUUCGCUUGGUUGGGUCGAGAUUGCGGAAGAAGAUUUAACACCGGAACGCUCAUCCAAAGCCGUUAAUAAAUGCAUCGUUGAUCUGUCCUUAGGGCGCAACGAUAUGCUCGACGUAGUGGGGCGCUGGGGUGAUGGUAAAGAUUUGUUCAUGGACCUUGACGAAGGCGCACUGAAGUUGAUAGAUCCGGAAAAUUUGACAAUAUUAAACUCACAGCCAAUUCACACGAUACGCGUAUGGGGUGUCGGACGUGAUAAUGGCCGUGAAAGGGAUUUUGCGUAUGUUGCGCGUGAUCGUCUCACCAGAAUACACAUGUGUCACGUGUUUCGCUGUGAAACUGCUGCCAGGACGAUUGCAAAUACGCUCAGAGAUAUUUGUAAGCGAAUAAUGAUCGAACGUUCCCUCCAACUCGAUGCAAAUGGAUCCAACAUGAACAGCACACGGUGCGCUAUACGUCCCACGGAUCUACCGACUGAAAACCGACGCUGGAUACGACACCCACAAUCAUUCCCUACUCCAAUGGAAGAACCGAAGAAAGUAUUACGGGCACAGUACGUUGGCUGUGUGGAAGUAAACCAACCGACCGGAAUGGAGGUGCUGAAUGAUGCCAUCGAUAAACUGACUUCCUGCACGCUACCAGAAAACUGGGACUCUGUAAAUGUCGCAGUAGCUCCUAGUAUGAUUAGCGUCAACUCAUCGGAUCCUGAUGGACGCUUGCUUAGCGAAUGUCGUGUACGGUACUUAAGCUUCUUGGGUAUUGGUAAAAAUGUGCAGCAGUGCGCAUUCAUCAUGCACACUGCACAGGAUAAGUUUGUAGCACAUGUAUUUUACUGUGAACCAACAAGCGGACCACUUUGCAAAACGAUAGAAGCCGCUUGUAAGUUGCGUUACCAAAAAUGUUUGGAUGCUCACCCUGAAGGCAGCGGCCGUUACUCAGCCGAUUCGCAAACGCCAGGAAAGGGAAUUGGUGCGACUUUAAAAAACUUGAUGAGCUCGUUCUCGCUUAAAAAGGAUAAGGUCAGUUCCUGAGAACGAGCCAGAUCUCUGCAGGAAAUCUGGCCACUUCCUCCAGAGAGGGAAGUUAUUCCGCAUCGGCAUCUGCAAUCGCCAUUGAUCAGCAAGAAAAUUUUUGAGCAUCCGAACAGUCCUUAGCAUUCGAUGCUGCCAGUAGCCUGGCAAAAGAUAAACUUAGUCAAAUACAGCAACAACCAACGCCGGAAAACUACUUCUGGCAAGGGUUUAGGAGCGGCAGAGCCACACUCGAGUGUAGCGAUCGACGAUAACCAACCGAAACCGGCAAAUAUAAACCAUGAGGCCAAUCAAGCUGCUAUCGAUACGAUUAAUGACGGUAGUAUUAAGACGCUUGAUUCCGUCAUGGAAGAAUCAUUUGGAAACUGCUCGGACUGGCAACAAGUUACUUAAGAAGAGCUGAAUACACUUUUAAUGCUACAGCCACUGGUGCAUUAUAUAGCACCGCCAGACAUAAGACGAAGGACAACGCAUUAACCAUUCUAUAUCAAACAUGCAUUCGCUUCAAUGCGUGCUUGCUAAAGCAACGUUCGAUAUUGCUACACUUUCGCCUUGUCGCUGUAUUGAUGGAAUUAGGAGAACGUUUGGUACAUCACCCUAGUGCACUGUGAGCGUAGAUCGCCCUGUAGAUCCUACAACAAAGAAUUUUGAACAUUAUUGGAUGCAUUUUGUAAAAGUGUGUCGUAGAUCUUCUGUAUGCGAGAGUUGGCUGCUGUGCGGUCGAUAUGCGUGAAACUAGAUGAUGGAUCGCUUAGUUUACAUUUGUAGCAUUGCACGAUCAUUUCCAUUAAUGUUCAAUGAUUACGGCUGAACUGGCGGCAGUUUGUAAUGUUGUUAUACGCGUAAUUGGCGCAGAUUGACUCUGCCGAAAGGUAAAUGUAUCGCAAAAACGAGGAUCGUGGAAGCACGAAGUUAUCUACCGAAAGAAGGUAAUGCGUACCACCUUGGCUUGGCUUCACAAGUGCUGCAUGCUUGAGCAUGAAAUAGGCAUGCUUAUUUCUUGGGAAACUAAACUGUGUGAUUCACAAAUGUGUAUACUCUAAGGAAGUUUACAGUUUUGUUUGCUUAUACUAAAAGCAAAAUGGGAGUGAAAUUAAUUUCAGUUUUGUAUUGCUAUUACGACAAUGUUUCAGUUUGUUUUAGUGUCGACAACGUACGGAUUCGAGCCGUAACGUAAAUUUCCGCAAUAAAAUAUGUUCUCAAUGUCAUCGAAAUUCUCACGAGGGACAAGGUGGUAGAUCAGGCAAAGAGCUUGCUUUUCAAGCCUUUUAAUUGUUUUCUUGUGCGUUUCUUUUUUUUAUCUACAUUUAUUCAUACCAACUCUAUUCUUUAGAAUAAAACAUACCAUUAGCGAAUCGAAACUGCCGUUCAAUUUAGAUAUAUUUCCACGCUCGGUGUAUAUAAAUUUACAUUUCUAUAUUUUUGUAACAAAGCAGCAGUAAUAAAAAAAGAAAGGAAACAGGGCAAGUUACACUUAAAGAGGUAAGCGAACUAAGAGCGGAUGACCCGAAACCCUCAUAAUACAGAUUUGAAGGUGGUAGGGCUAAAGUUUCAGGGCAGCAACAAAAAAACAAGAAAAAAUCACACACAAUGCUAUGUGCACCAUGUAAAUCAGUUUUAGAAAACUAUGAAAACAGCUUGUGUAACGCCUUUUGCCUAGCGUGUACGUAAACCGAUCCGUUGCUUUCCCUUAAAAAAACAGUGAUAGCUACCGCCUCAAUGACUAAAUAUAGUAGUAGCGGUGCUGAACAUACGAAAGAGAUAAUGACAAAACGAUAGAUAUAUUAUUUUUGCUAUAUCACAGAUUGCGUUUGCUUUAGGAACUAUUCUAAAUUUAUAGCGAAACAAAAUCGAAGGAAUGAAGAAAUGUGGAUGGGUGAGAGUGAGGUGAAAUUAUGUGCAAAGAAAAAUGAAAUAGAGAAUUGUGUUGAAGCGGGAAAAGUACAGUGGCAACCAAACAAACCAAAGGCUCGCAAAUAGGAUUUAGGGAGGAUUUUUUUUAAAAGAUACAAAAUAAUCUGCCCAGAAAUAAUCGUUUCCCUUCUCACAAUUUUCCGUCGACGUUGAAGUUGUGGUACAAAUUCGUCCUUUCAGUAACGUUCCUGUGUGAUGUCUAUUUGUAUGCUUGGUUCCAGCAUGCGAAUAUGCAAGUCCUACCGUUAUGAUCAAUUGCGCUUAAAAAACUGUUGGGGCUGUUUGAUUUUCAAACAUUUAGUUUAGUGUUUUCAUUUAUUAGUUUACUAACUAAUCUACAACAUCAACUAUUUGUAGUGGGCUGGCUAUAGAAUACUUAUGUCAAAUCACAAAUAUCAUCUCAUUUAUGUUUGUACCGUCAUGUUUAAUAAUUUUAUAGUCAAUUAAUCUGUCACUUUUAGUGAAACAAAGUCAUGAUCUUUGGAACGAGAUAGUUUGAUAGCUCCUUCCUAUAUUGUACUACAUUGCAUGGACCAAUUGUGCUAUAUUCGAUAUACAGAGGAAACCCUUAUUGACUCACUACACCGAAAACAAGAAAUCAGGAAUUUAAAUGAAACAGAGAAUAUGCUGGCAUGCUGGUUGCCUCCCCAAAAUAGACAAACAAACCAAGCAAAGGAGGAAGAGAGACGAGAAAAACGAGAGAAAAGAUUUUCUUAGCUGUAUGUCUUGCUAUAUUUUUGUUGAAGCUUACACGUAGCAUCCCGGUGAGAGGAUACCGCAUACCGCAUACUCAUGCAAAAAGCGACAAAGUAAAGAUAGACAGCAGAAUGAGAAUCACAUCGAGCUAUUUUGUGCUACCAAAGAGAUAUAACGAAAAUCUUGUAAACAAAAUGUUACAAACAUGAAACAUUAGACAUAAUCGAUACUAGGUAAAACAAAAACGGCUUGAUAAAGCUUGCAAGAAACAAUCGUGUAUCACAAUACAAUACAAUGAGAAAGAAAUACUACCAACAGAUGCUAAUAUCAUGUAAUUUUGCAGGUUUUUUGUAUGACUAGCUAUACCGAAUUGUGAAAUGACAACAUUCCGUUCGUUCAAGAUACUUUUCAUCCACCGGUUUGUCAGGCAUGAAACGAUUUCUGUUUUGGUAUAAUUUAAAUAAAGGGCUUGAACAAAAUUAUCCAAAAGCGUAUGGUGUACUUGAUUUGUGAUUGGCCAUUUUAGUGUCCCUUGCCAUUAUUUAAUCGAAUGUUGUAUGCGCGAAUGCAACUGUAAGAGUACAGUUAAACGGCCGUCCUUGCUAAAUAAAACAAAAGAAGUGUUAAACAAUUGUGAUGGAUUUUGUUAAUGCUGAAUGGCUGGGUCAACCUAUUUUAAUCUUUUUUUAAACACUAUUUUUAAAACAUUUGUAGGCCAGCUUAUACGGCUUAUACGUGCUGCGCUAAAAAAUGCGCUAAAAGCAUACGCUCUUGUGCAUAAACGAUUCGGUCAAAGCGAAACGCUUUCCCCAUGAGAUAAUUCUUGUCCCACAAAACGUAUGCAUGGCGAUGGAAAAAACACCUAACUAUUAUUUUUAUCAUAAAACCAAUACUUGAUUCACGAUGUACAGACAUCGGAAUACAUCCGAUUAACAAAUGUAUCACUAUCAUAUGGGAGCUGAAAGCUAAAUUCGACAGUGCCGCUGCUAUCGCUUGAACAUUUUACGCUAACACCACAGACCAACUAGCUGAACUUUUGGAACGAACUGAACUGGCAAGAUGAACCUACAGAUGUAGUAGCAGUAACAAGGUAACACAUAACAGCAGGAUAAAUAAACAUACUAAUGAGUUAGCGAUUUAAAACGGUUCAAAAGUGAAUAGAAAAAAAUGCAGAUCAGCUAAACACUCGCGAAUACCACUUAAAACCCGAAAACAAAUGGACAUGUUAUGAGAGUUGUACUACUACUAUAAAAAAUAUCUACAAAUCACAUGAAGAAAACAAAACUACGUAAUUAAACAAAAAAAAAAACAGUUUAUUUUUUAUUACACUUGAUGCACCACAUACGGAAUUUUCUAAAAUUUCAAUGAAAUUUAAUACCUCUUUUUGUGCCGUGAUUCGUUUGAACAGAGGUAUCAUUGAUCAACAAUAGUUAACAAAACAAAAACCCAACCACGACAGCACAAUAUCUCAUGCAGUAAUAAUUAAAAAUGAUUUUCAAACUUCUUAACUGCUAAAGUCCUAUUCUUCACCUGCAUGUCUUGUGCGUUCCUUCAUUUAUUGGGUUGAUGUAAAUGACCCAAAUUUUAGUUACUCAUUUCCUUUGCCCUCAACACCAAUCGAUUCAAACGGGGUGAUUUGUUUUUUUGUUUCUUCAAGUUUAGCUAGUGUUGGCGUGAUCUGUGGUGUGCGCUAAUAUCGAUGCACUAUUGAGCAAUGGAGCGUAAAAAUUGCACACUGCACCACAUACGUUGUCUCGCGCUGUUAAACAGCAUAUUGACGCGGAUUUUGAACUUGAACUUGAUCAAUCAUUGCUAGUUGAUGUAACAUACAUACAUGCGUACGCACAGGACGGUUUUGAAAUGUUUAUCAUAAGUUUGAUUUAUUGCGAAACGGAUGCUCCUGCCGUUGAGAUUCGUUAAAUCAAUAUAAUAUCCCAAGAUAAUACGGCUUACGUUUUUAAUUUAAGAUGAAUACUCAUAGCAGGUGCAACCUUAUUUACGACGAAACACAACGGGCAAUACGUAGAAAUUGAAAGUACAGCAUUGGGCGUUUGUGUAAUGGGUAAAUUAAACAAAACAAACCAUGCAGAAAAGGGACACUUCAAGACACUGAACGAAACCGCAAAAUGGGACGGCAAAACGACAGCGCUUCAAAGGACAGCUGAACAAACAAUCGACUGCAUCGCUUUUGAUUAUAAUGUAAAAUUGUAUAAAAAAAUAUAUAUACACAUAUAAAAUAUAUAAGAAGACGUAUAAACACAAA